AUCCUAUUUAUCAAGUAUUUAAAGAAGUUGUGUGUGUUGAGAUUAAACAAUUUUUCUUAACAUUUAACAAACGCCAUCUCUUUCCCAGAAACUGUACUGAUUAUGUCAUUAAACUAGGAUGAUGACAAUAGUGACCUUCAGUGCCUUAAUCUUAAGGUUAUGGAAUUAAUUUAUUAGUAAUAUACACUUAUUUGCUACUCUGCGCCAUUCAUUGGUAUAACCAUGAAGCUGUAAGUUGUAGUUGAUGCCACCAGGCAUAUUUUAUUUAUAUUAAUUUUAUUUCUAUUAUUGUAAAAAAUAUAUACUGCAUAACCUGUAAAGCACGAUUUUUUUGGUAAUUAUUUAAAGUUUAGUUAAAUUCCAAAAUGUUCAAGAAACCAUUUAAAGUUAAAACCAAUUCCCAGAUCAAGGGCUCUGAAAGGAAAGGUAUCAAAGAUUUGUUCUUAAGGAAGUUUCCUCAAUUGACAGAAAAUGAUAUGGAAACCUUGUUACCAAAAAAGGAAGUAACAUCAUGCCUUAAAGUGCUUGCUGAUAAUAACAAACAUGUUACUAUAUACACUGCCCAGAAAAGAGCCCUUUUCUUUAUGGUUGAUGAUAUAAUGUUUCCAACAGUGUAUAUGCUCUGGAUGUUCCCUCAGAUUGGUGUUGAGUUUACAACCAAUGACUAUGUUAUGUCCAAGAUAUCAAAUGGUGCUGAUCUUAUGUUACCUGGUGUCAUCAAUACACCACAAUCAAAAGGAAAUUUCCUUUGCAAACAGGUAGCAAUUGUUAAUAAUAUUAACAAUAAAGCUGCAGUUGCUGUUGGUUUAACUGCAAUGUCUUCUGUAGAAAUGAGCAAAGUUAAUAGUGGAAAAUGUGUAAACAUAUUUCAUUAUUAUGGUGAUAAGUUAUGUACUUUUGAUGAUUUACCAUUAUUACCUCUGAUGCAACUAAGUCCUCCAGAUUAUGUGCAAAAUGCAGAUGAUUUCCCAGCAUUAACAAGCAUUGCUGAAGUGUUACCUCCACAAGAUAUCCCAUUAGAAAACCCUGAGGAAAAUUGUGAUGUUGUUGAAUUAAUUUUACCUCAGUUGAGUGAAGUUGAAGAAAUGGAUAUACUUUUAAUUAGAUGCAUUAUGACAGCUUUGAAGUAUUCAAAAACAUUAGAAUUGCCCAUGUUGACUUCAACUUUUUUCAAAUUAGAAGUAUUAACUAAUUGCCCUGAAGCUAAAACUUUAGAUAUUAAAAAGUCUAGUUACAAAAAGGUUGGACAGGUUCUAAAACAACUGGAAAAUGAUGGGAUAAUCGUUGUUAAAGAGAAGAAAAAGGGCGUUGAAAAUAUUGAAGCUAUUAACAAACAGCACCCUGCUUUUUUGAACUUGUACAUUGAAAUUGAAAAUCGACCUAGAAAAAUUACUAAUGAGGAUGACACUAUUUCUCAGGCAAGGAACAUUGUAGAAUCAUAUAUGAUUACAACCGCGGUUUUGCCAAUUUUUAAAGAAUAUGGAUUUAAUAAAGGGGACAAUAUGCAAGUACCUCAAAUUAGAAGAUAUGUUACUGAAUAUGUAAGAAGUCGUAAUUGCCAAGAUGAGCAAAAUAAAAGGUUUGUCAAAUUGCAAGAUCCUGUACUGAAGAGUUUGUGCAAAAACGAGGUGGCUGUCACCUGGGAGGAUUUGAUGGAAAAAGUUAGAGCAGCUAUGAAAUCCUGUUUCAAAGUCUCUAGCACUGAACAAGAGGUCACGACGAAGGGAAAAAUUCAACCCAUAGCCAUGACCCUGCAAGCAAGAGCUCACAACAAGAAAGUAACCAUGGUGGAUAACUUGGAGUUGUAUAAUAUCAGAUUACCGGAAUUUGCUAAGGAAUGCCAACACGGCGUUGCCGCUAGUACAAGUAUCAAUAGACCAGCAGGAAAGAAGUACGGUCAAAUUUUGAUCCAAGGAAAUCAGAUCCUCUUCGUAUAUAAUCUAUUAGUUGAAAAAUAUAAAAUUCCUAAAAAAUAUAUUCGAGGCCUUGAACUUGCGCCAAAAAACAAAAAAUAAUUACUAUCUCAAGUAUUAUAUCUGUACGACGUGCUAAAGAUAAUUUUACUUUUAGAUUAUGACGUAUUGACCUCUACUUGCAAUCCAUAAUUAUUUUAGCUUCAUUAUCUCUGUAAGUAUUGUUUAAUCUUCCAUGAUUUCAAACCUAAACAUGUAUAGGUAGUGAAGAAUAAACAUAUUAGAGUGUUUUCAUGUUCUGAACAAUAUAAUGUAUCUCCAAUUUAGACCUCUUUAAAACAAUAAAUUUA